GUUAAGUUUUUUAAGUUCUUGGGUGUGCCUUUUAGAGUGUUUCGUUGUUGCUUCGCUCUUUCACUUGGCUUUGUUAAGCAAGAAGGAUUGCAUAUCCAGAAUCAACCUUUUUCAUACCGUUGCCCUUUUCAUGGCGACGAUCGCUUGUUUGUUGCUAGUGAUUUAGCGCGAUUCUUGAUCAUACUCCAGACAGUUGUAUUUUCUCUUGAGCAACAGGCUCCUUCCGCAACAUGUUUGCCUCUACAAGUAUGCCUUUUGCGAUGAUCUUUUACUUUCAUGACACAGUUUGCUGUGAAAUUCGCCGUAACGAACAACAACUCGCAGAACAGGCUAGCAUGCAAUCGACUCAAGAGGCAAGGGAAAAAUUUUAUAGCUAUUAAAAGGUUGUCAAACUCACAAGGACAUCCAUAAUCCUUACUCUGUCAAUAUUGCUUUAAUUGUAUUUUUUAGAACGUUGCUAGAAGUGUUGUAUUGAGAUAUCGUGGUGAUAAAAAAUGUGAAAAACACAACCCCGAAAAUCUUACGUAUGUUAUAGUAAAAGAAAGCCCUGAAUACAUUAUACGUGGAGCAGUUAUCCUUUCUAGAGCUUGACAAAUUUCUAGGCAAUGUUUCCUCCUUCCCACAGUUAUUUUACAGACGAAAGUGAUUGGCAGCCCAGACAUCUUUGGACUAUAAUGUAACAAUCGAGUCGACGUGAUUUUAUGUACAGGAGGUAGCGACUGAAAACUGGUUCAAAUUGGAAAGAAAUUUGGUUAAUGUGGGUAUAAUUUGUCCAAAUUUUGACAAUGUACUGCGGCAUUAACCUAAAAGUCUAAUAUCAGUUUUUCAACUAGAAUGCGAGGCUUACCAAGCGAUGAGCAAACGUUCGAAUAAGUUUGAUCAAUCGGACGAUCACUAAAUCGCGACUUUUGUCUGUCCAAUAUUUGAAAUAGCGGACUAUUUUUUUCUGCGGUUUUUUUCGUGUAGUACAUGUACAGAAUUUGCAGCUGCAGAGGAAAAAAACGUUUCGUAACUUAUCAACAGAAACAAUAAUCAAAAGGAUAAGUUUUUACAAAGAAAAUAUCGAAAUUGACGAUAUCGUGGUUGCUGUUUUCAUGCUUGCCAUGUUAACGACUAAAAAUUGUCGAGCACGCAGAAUAAAGUGUACUGCUCCAUUUCCGUCGAUUUUCGGACAAUUUGUUUUUGUUUUCCACGUCGGAAAUAUAAAUCCUACAUACACUUACGUAUCUGCAUUGUUUCUUCAUAGUAUCUUUCGCUCUUUCCUAUUGCGCCCGGUUUUAGAGUUGCUCCAGCGUCCCUGUUACUUAGGCUUCACGAAAGCAAGGAGUGACAUUAUUUCUUAAGACGUUAAGCAGAUAUUUAGAAAAUGAAAAUACUAUCCAACUUUAAUUAUCGGCCGAAAAUUCAACCAUACUAAUGCGAAAAUGCAUAUAUAAAGAUCAGUGUACCAAAAGCUUAACAAAGGGCAAAGGAUGGCAGAUGUUUGCUAAGACAACAACACAGUUAACCGCCCAAAUCUUUUAAAGCCCAGAACGAGUUCAUUGAGCAGUAGAAAGUCUGAUAUCGUAAGACGAGAAGCCACGAAUUUCAGUUGUACCACACGCCCUGCUGGUUGCGAGGCUGACCUUGUAUUCGGCAAAAGACUACAACACCCUUCUUCCUGGGGUGAAGCUUUUCUGAUCUUCCUCAUCAUCUUUAACAUCAUCACCUUUUGAACGCGCUGGUGAUGAUCUCUGUUAAGGCCAAAUCACGACUAAGAGCGCACAAGUCCAACAUUUUACUAGCGUUCCUGGCUUUGACAGACUUUACAGUCGGGAUUCUAGUUCAACCUACCUUCGCCGUGGUAUUAAUCAUGUUGUUACUUAACGAGCCUCGUGGUUAUUGUGUUUUUCAAGUUCUUAGAUAUGUGAUUAUAGUUAUGGUUAAUGCUUCGCUUUUCCACUUGGUUUUGCUAAGCGGGGAGCGGUACAUAGCCAUGAAGCAUACUUUUGGUUACCCUUCUCUCGUCACUCGUUAUUGAGUUAUUGUUCAGAACUGUACACGCUGAAGAAACUGAGAUGCGACUUUUUGGAGUACCUAAUGCUGUUGUUAGAGUCAACAGAGUAAAAGCUGAUCAAGAUCAAAAUGAAAAACCUCAACACGAUGUGAAUGAAGAAAACGUCUAA